GUCGGUUGUGUGAUGACACGUUACACGCGCAGCACUAUUGUUGUUGUGUAAAGCGUAUCAACUAAAGGAUUAUUGAAACUGAUUUUAAAACUUAAAACAAAAGUGGUGAAGUACACAGUUUGUACUAAAUAACUGUACAUUGAUCAUCUUGAAUUAAAAAAAAAAAACUGUAUGAAACGCAUUUAAGUUAAUCAAAGUGCGAAGUGUUCAGUGAUUGCCAACCAUCAACAGAAAGCUCCAGUCAUCUGAAGGCAGCCCGCUAAAUAUGGUUUAUUUUAGGCCGCAACCGUGUAGUCCAUCGGGUGUUAUUGCAGUGAUGCCGCCAUCGAAGAGUCCCACCAUGGAAACGGCCGCCGGUCAGCAAGCAAAUGCGCGCGUCACCGCUGCCGCCGUCGUUAGUGAAAGCGACGCGGAGCAGCAGCGAGCCGCCACGCCAUUGAGCAACAGCGGCGCCCGCACCACAACUACCAGCACAAGUUUACCCAAUACGCGCUCAUGUCCGCUAAAGUUUUCUAUAGCGAAAAUUAUGGAGCCCGAUCAACGCGCCAACAGCGCUGAGUGCCUCAACGCGCACGAGGGCGAGGAUUCGGAGCGCUCAUGCAGCCCCAUAGAGGUCGCCAGCGAUGAAUGUGAGUCUGAGCAGCGCGUCGAAUUGCUACAGUCAACAGCUAGUCAGCAACAAUGCACCAACGCGAGCGGCAGCGAAAACUAUGAUUCCGCCUUUAAAAAAUAUGUGCCCUCCUCCGCUGCGGCUGCCGCUGCAGCAGCCGUCGCCACUACUGCUACCAAUGCCGCUGCCGUGCAACAAUUUGUGAGCACACGUCAUCAGGAAUUGAUGUCGCAAUAUCCGUUGCUCUAUUAUGCGCCCAAUCAGCUGAUGUGCGCCGCCGCCGCCGCGCAAUAUGCUGCGCUAACUGCCGCGCAACAGCAAACGCUGCUUGCCAAUACCGGCGCUGCAGCACAUUUGAGCAGCUUUACCGCCUCGUUGAACAGUUUUCACACGCAAUCGCUGCGUCGCAACCUUAGCGCUUCUGGUCAUCAUCUGGCCGCUGCCGCGGCAGCUGCUGCAGCAGCGCAGGCACAAGCGCACCAUGCGCAUCAUCAGGCGCUUGCAAGCGCGCAUCCACAGUUGCAGCAAACGUUGGAGAAGCAUCAUCAGCAACAGCACAAGUUAAGGGAAGGUGGAGCCAGCGCGGGCGCUUGUCAUAGCAUGAAGCGCAAGCAUAGCGCCGGAGUUGUAGCUGCUGCCUCGGCUGCUGCUUCCGCGAGUUCAGCUGCACAGCCAGCACCCGCUUUGAAUGAGCAUGGCUCUUCACGCGGAUCCUCGCCCGCUUCACGCCAUCUACGCUCGCCAUCGCCCAACUCACUCGACGACAGCCCUGGCUCUGCGGCGGGCAAGCAGAAGACAUUCUCCUGUCUGGAAUGCGGCAAAGUCUUCAACGCGCACUACAAUCUCACGCGUCACAUGCCAGUGCACACAGGCGCGCGCCCAUUUGUUUGCAAGGUGUGCGGCAAGGGUUUUCGGCAGGCAUCGACGCUGUGCCGCCACAAGAUCAUACACACCUCCGAGAAGCCGCACAAGUGCCAAACCUGCGGCAAGGCCUUCAACCGCUCCUCCACGCUGAACACGCACACCCGAAUUCAUGCUGGCUACAAGCCAUUCGUGUGCGAGUACUGCGGCAAGGGUUUCCACCAGAAGGGCAACUACAAGAACCACAAGCUGACGCAUAGCGGCGAAAAGGCUUACAAAUGUAAUAUCUGCAACAAAGCCUUUCACCAAGUCUACAAUCUCACCUUUCACAUGCACACACACAACGGUAAGAAGCCAUAUACGUGUAAGGUGUGCGCCAAAGGCUUUUGCCGCAACUUCGAUUUGAAAAAGCAUAUGCGCAAGUUGCACGAAUUGGGCGGCAGCGACCUCCUCGACGAUGAUUCGCCACCGAGUUUUGAACGCCGCCGCGAGUAUACCACACAUCUGCAGCACGGCAGCCAAUUGACGCCCGACUCAUCCGCUGGUAGCUUAUCGCCACCGAUCAAUGUCACCACUCCGCCCCUCUCCAGCGGCGGAGGCGGCGGUGAUGGCAGCAACUCAGCUUGGCAUACGCCACAAUAUCAGACGCUCACCAGCGCGCAGCAGUCUUCAGCUGUUGCAGCAGCGGCCACAGCUGGCUAUGUGCCGCAUCACUCGCUGCCACAAAUGAGCAGCAGUUUUCGCGCAACUGCUGAGUAUUCUGCCAGCUCUGCGUUUAUGCAAGUCGCCAAUGCCGCGUCGACUAGUGCAACGGCUGCUUUGGCCGCCAGCCCCAACAGCGCUGUGCAAAUGAUAUCCGCCCACCAGCAGCAGCACCACCAACAACAACAGCAUACGGCGGCUCACCAGCAACUCAAUCACCACCACCAGCAUCAUCACAAUCCUAGUCACCAUCAUCCGCAUCAUCAUCACCAGCGGCUUUCGGCUGCAGCUGCCGUUUCCGCCAUGGAUCAGGUGCCCUUCAUAGCGAAAGUGUUUUGACAGCGCUACUAUGCGGACAGUUUGGCCACAACCGCAACAACACAGCAUGCCGCAAGCACUCUGAGUGCUUCCUCGAAGAGCAUAUUCAUCGAUUGACUGCAGUUUGUAGCAGCCGCUGCGGCGGCGACAGCAACAGUGACAUCGUCAACGGAAACGUCAGCGAAUUCGAGUUUUGCUGCGACGAUGUCGUCGGAUAUGGAGGACGAAGAGGAAGCUGAGCUUCUUGUUGAUGCUGUCGACGAGGUCGUCCAGCUUGAUUUGACUAAUUCGCCUGUGGAGCAGUUCGAAGAGCAGCGCACAGCAUUGGGCACGGCCGUCGAGGCGCUCAAUCGUCUACUCUGAGCUGUUGACUGCUGUUGGCUUCCAAAUGAGAAAAUGGUUUCAUGAUAGGGGCACCAAUGCCUGCUAACCUCCAACAUAUGAUCUCCGCUAGGGCAAAAGUGUGCAAUAUAGCGUUUGAAUGCGUGAUGCAAUGCGAAAAGACCGCUCAGGACCGCGAAGCAUGCGCUCAGGACCGUCUCUUGUGGACACUCUUCUGCGAAAACAAAGAAAUUUUAGCUCGAAAAUUUCAUUUCAAAUUUCUGUUGUAAAUAUUAUUCCUCAAGAGAGAGCGUUAAAGUAACAAAUGAGAGGGUAAGAAUAGGAUUUCGUUAGUUAAGUGAAUGCACUAGUGUAUGAAUAUAUGUAUAUUCGUAAGUUUAUGUUAUAUAUAUGUAUGUAUGUAGGUAUCAAUACCUAAAUGUGAAAUAUCACCUUAUAAAUCCCAGCCAGCAAGAAAACGUACA